AUGUAUUUUGAAUAUUCUCCCGUAGCCCCUGUGCUAGUUCAACCUCGGUCUCGUUACAUCCAAAGAACUUUGACCUUGGACGACUACCUGCAAUUACAAGCUUUACUGCGCCAUGAAGAAGCAGAGCGAGAACGGCAACUUCGAGAACAAGCAGCCAUGGAACAAGCUCGCCAAGAGCGUUUACGCCUUCAACAAGCAAUGAAUAACCUUCGUCUGUUAACAAGCCACUAUCGUCGAGAACGAGCUCGAGAAAUUGAACGUUGCUUAGCUGAACGACGUCGUCGGGAACAUCAGCAAUCCAUUUUACGAGCGAUCCAGCAAAAGGAAGAAGAGCGCGAACGCAUGUAUCGUCAAUACUUGGCCGCUGCUAUUGAACGAAAACGAAUUGAUGAUUUGUACCAUCAGUAUUUGAAAGCUCGUGAGCAAGAAGAACAGCAACCACCGUCGACGGCCAACUCUGCAUGGGUUCAGUACCCUGAAGAAGAAGAAGAAGAAGAAGAAGAAUCUGGACCCGACACUGCGGAUGGCUUCGAUGACUACCACGCGCAAAAGCUUGCUUCCCUGGUCAAUCUCAUUUUUGGGCAGCAGCAAGAGGAUGAACACGAGGAAUCCCCGGUCCAGCAAAAACAAGAGUCUCAGAGAGCCACCAAGGACGAUGACUAUCGAGACAACUGGGAUGACCUUAUGCGUUACGUUGCCGAAGAUGAUAAGCAUACCAAAUUGCUCGAUGAAUCCAAGGCCGUUCCGUCGACAGUCGAAAAAGCCAGGGAAUCUCAAGCUCCUGUUGCGCUCAAACAAGUAAACCACUCGGAAACCCAACCUGCUACCGACGAGUCUGCCGCUGACAUGGAUUCUGAUACCGAGAGCCAAAAGAGUGGCAGCAGCACUGACAGCGUUGCCGAAGAUUACUUGCCUCUAGACAAGCACAUAUUGACGGUCAAGGAUUUGGUGGAUCAUCUGGCGACCAUCCCCCCCAAAGAACCGUCGCCUCCUCAACCGGUAUCUGAUGAAGAAUACGAGCCCACCCCUGAACAAGAUGCGGUUAUGGACGAUCACUUGAACAUGGAGGAACCCCACGAGGAUAUUGCAAUGAAGGAGCAGUCGGAUGUACCGCCGACGGUGAACGAUCCAGUGAAACAAGCCAAGAAAGAUACCCUUCUCCAGCUUGAAGCUCAACUUCGCAUGAUUCAAGAACAACAUGAAGCUACUGUUCUUGGUUCGCAACUGGAAUUCCAGCAAACCGAGCCCAACAAGUUGGUUUUGACGGCUUCGACUAGCAACAAUCGCGAGUUCUUGGGUUAUGAAGAUGAAAUUGUCCGGGUCAUGCUAAAGUUGGAUACGGUCGAAUCCGAUGGUGAUGAAGAAAUCCGUCAAGAACGCAAGUCUUUGGUCAAAAGGGCGGAAUCCCUCUUGGAAAAACUCGACGAGCACAAGCAGAGUGAAUGGCAAAGAGCCAAGAAUUUGGAACAUUCACGGAAACGGAAGAACAAGAAUAAGCACAAAAAGCGAAAUAAGCACAAGCAGAAACAUCAUCAUGUCCAUCUCAUGCAGCUCGCGUAA